AUGAAGUUUUCUGCCACUUUUUUGGCCGCCGCCACUGCUCAAUACUCUGCCUACCCCAAUGAUGGCGCCUAUUCUGAUGGAUACAACCCAGGGAAGGCUCAAUCGAGAAACUGUGGUCCCGAUGCUGCUCACGGAGGAGCCUACUGGCCAUCUCAGUCCGCCUCCGACCCAUGCGGAGUCACCUUCUGGUCCAAUGAAGUCAAGCCCAAUGCCCAGUGCCAGCUCCAGCUCACCGCCGGUGCUAGCUUCUUCCUCUCCCUCGGCGGCGUUUUCGUGACAACCCCCGCCAGUUCCUACAACGACAACACCUUCUACUUCCAUACGUACGACAACUGGGCCGUCGGAGCUUACGGUGGUGCUUCCGUCGUCAACUUCUGGCAAAACGCUAACUUCCCCGACAACUCGACCUGCUACGACGCCGAUGCCAUCUGCAUCACCUGCACCGAGAACGGCGACUUGAACGGCGACGGCUACGCUGAUCCCGUCAACGUUCCAAUCGCCAACGCCGCUGGCCACACCGCCGGAACCGUCUACAACAUCCAGCUCAACGACCAGUACGGCAACCCAGUUCCCAUUACCAACAUCGCCUCCCACUACGGUCACCAAAUCAGCGCCCCUCAAUACGACGACGGCACCUACUACGCCGACAAUGGCUACUUCUCCCUCCACGUUGGAUGCGAAGACUUCGAAGGCCAAUUCCUCUACUUCUCGUUCACCCACCUUUCCGAAGCCGAAGCUAACGGAUGGUACAGCAUUGUGACUAUGAGCACAGAGACUCCUCAGAACUGCCCAACCACCACUUCCCCACCUUACAAUAACGGAUAUGCUGACGGAAGCUACCCCGCCGCAGGAGCUGCCCCAUCUGGAAAUCAAUGGGCAAGUGGCACCAAAAACAAGAACAAGAAGAACAAGGGACGAAGUGACGAGUACGGCGACUCUGCUUACUCUGCAUCUGACAGCCAGUACCAAUCCGGCUACGACUACGAUAGCUACGGAUCCUAUGACAAUUACAGACGAAGAAAUCCAUUUUCCCACUGGCGCAACCCCAUCUAUGCCGAUUUCGCUGACUGCAAAUGUGUUGCUAAAUCCUCAAAAGAGUGUACUGCCUCUGACUGCGGACCAGAAGCCGACGGUUUGACUUUUUGUCACGUCACUUACGGCAGUUCCGGUGUCCUGAGCAAACAAUGCUACUGUCCUCCCGGGUUCAAACAAAAGUCGAUCUUCAACCCAGCUACUUUUGGAUUCACUUUUGAAUGUGAAGACUACGAUGAAUGCGCAGAAGGAGCUCGUAGUUCAUGCGAUUUCGACAAUGGCGAUACCUGCAAUAAUUUUGAUGUAGCGACUGGAAAUGCCUACGAAUGCAUUCCAACAACAACGACCACGACUACUACAACAACGACAACUACGACAACUACAACAACCACUUCAACAACAACAACUACUACUACUACCACUACCACAACUACAACAACUACAACGACGACGACUACGACUACAACUACCACUACUACUACAACAACUACCACUACUACUACAACAACAACAACGACAACGACCACAACAACCACGACCACAACAACCACGACGACAACAACUACAACCACUACAACUACGACAACUACCACCACGACAACAACCACUACUACCACAACUACUACCACGACUACAACGACGACAACCACCACAACUACAACAACUACAACUACCACUACGACAACUACAACCACAACUACUACCACAACUACAACUUCUCCCACUACAACCACUCCAUUCUUUGACUGCCCGAACGAGUUUUGGGAUCACCUAUACGAUUCAGACAACGAUGUCUGGUUCUGCGCUCCAAAAGCUGGCCUUGCCACUGUCGUUUGCGGCUCAACAUCAAUGACCGUCACCCUCAGCACUGACCUUUUCAACGAUAAUAGCCAGUACGAGGCUAGUUUCAUCGAUGACAGCUCCAUCGACUGUCGAACAGUCGGCUCACUUGAUGAAGACUCCUUCACACUCGAGACUGCUCUUGACGGAUGUGGAACUCUCAACUCGCUCAAUGGGGCCAAUCUCGAUUUCAACCAAAUCCUCCACGUCGAAACACACUCGACCAUCAUUUCCAUCGACAAGCCAAUCGAUCUCGCCUUCACCUGCUCGUAUCCUUCCUUGGUCACUGCUGUCUUCGGCGGCGAUAAUGAGACCGACUUUAACUUUGACGUCAGCAAUCCUCAAUUCAACGCUACCUACACUGGUGAGCAGACUGGAUUUGGAGAGUUCAGCUUCGACAUCAACUUUUUCACUGAUCGAUUUUACACCGAUCUUGCUAGCGCUGUUUCCUUCGAAAGUGGAGACAUCGUGUACUUUGGAAUCAAUCCAACUGGAUCGGAUACCAACUCCUCUCUCCCCGACACUGUCACCUAUUCCGUCACCGAUUGUCGAAUCAUCAACGAAGCGCUCAGCAUUGAAUUCCCAAUCCUUGAAGAUAGUUGCGGACAAGACCUCGUUGGAUUCGACUUUGAAGACACUUCAGCUUGGCCAAUUGAUGCUUCCCUUCGACCAAUUCACAACGCGGACUCUGUGUACUUCGAGUACAUGAGCUUCCGAUUCGUCUCGGCUGAGAAGAACGUUGACUACAAUGAAAAACUCAGCUGCGAUAUCACCGUUUGCGACCGAGCUGAUGCCACCAGCGCUUGCGCAGCUGCACCAACUUGCGCCCGACGACGAAGAUCAUCUCUUGAAGAUCUCAUUACUUUUGAUUAA